AGAAAAUUGAAAAGGAAAGAAAGUAAAUGGAAACAGAGAAAAAGUGAAGAAAUGGAAAAACAGUAAGAACGAUAAAGCGAAGGCGAAGUCCUUGGUACUCAAACUAAACUUUGAUGAUUCUUCUGCCGUAACGUUUCAUUGAUUUCAGUUUCAAACUCAAAAGUCAAAGCCUCUUCAGCCAUGGUGGUUUCAAUCCCAAAUAAAUAAUCAUUUACUAAUCAACAACGAUGAAGAAAGUGAAAGGGAAAAACAACGGUUUAUUACCGAGUUCCUUAAGGAUCAUCUCUUCUUGUCUUAAGACUGUUUCCACCAAUGCCUGCACCGUCGCUUCCACCGUUCGCUCUGCCGGCGCCUCCGUCGCCUCUUCCAUUUCAUCCCCUUCCGAUGAUCACAAAGAUCAGGUUACUUGGGCUUGUUUUGAUAAACUAGAGCUUGAUCAAUCUAUUUUUAAACGUGUUCUAUUACUUGGUUAUCUCAAUGGAUUUCAAGUACUUGAUGUUGAAGAUGCUUCUGGCUUUACUGAGCUGGUUUCGAAGCGCGACGGUCCGGUUUCUUUCUUACAGAUGCAGCCUUUCCCUGUUGGUUCGGAUGCCAAGGAGGGAUUCAGAAAAUCGCAUCCUUUAUUGGUGGUUGUUGCUGGGGAUGGGGAUGAAGGUUGUGUUGGCCAAAACAGUAGCUCUUUAGGUGGUUUAGGAAGAGAGGGUAAGGUGGAGACUCAAUCUGGGAAUGGUGUCAGUUCUGCCACGGCUGUUCGGUUUUACUCGAUGAAGUCACACUCUUAUGUUCAUGUUCUGAGAUUUCGAUCCGUCGUGUGUAUGAUCAGGUGUUGUUCGAAGAUUGUAGCUGUUGGUCUAGCCUUACAAAUAUACUGCUUUGAUGCAUUGACUCUUGAGAAUAAGUUCAGUGUUCUCACCUAUCCUGUUCCUCAGUUGGGACAAGGAACAAGAGGAGUUAAUGUGGGUUAUGGUCCAAUGGCUGUGGGUCCUAGGUGGCUAGCAUAUGCUUCCAACAACCCAAUUCCCUCAAAUGUAGGAUGCAUAAGCCCACAAAACUUGACUCCUUCUCCAGGAGUUAGUCCAUCAACAUCUCCGAGCAGUGGUAGUUUGGUGGCUCGUUAUGCAAUGGAGUCGAGUAAACAUUUGGCAGCUGGAAUAUUCAAAUACUGUCACGAGUUCCUUCCUGAUGGUUCUAGUUCUCCAGUACCAUCAAGUUCAGGAUGGAAAGUUAGUAGGGUUACAGGAAACGAUGUGGACAACGCAGGAAUGGUAAUUGUUAAGGAUUUUGUUUCUAGAGCUAUCAUUUCACAGUUUAAAGCUCACUCCAGUCCUAUAUCUGCUCUAUGUUUUGAUCCUAGUGGGACACUUCUGGUCACUGCAUCAGUCUAUGGAAAUAAUAUUAAUAUCUUCCGGAUAAUGCCAUCUAGUGCACGCAAGGGUUCAGGGGUUCCAAGCUGUGACUGGAGCGCUACUCAUGUGCAUCUUUAUAGACUUCAUCGUGGAAUAACACCAGCUAUGAUCCAGGACAUUUGUUUUAGUCAUUUUAGCCAGUGGGUUGCAAUUGUCUCUUCCAAGGGGACCUGCCAUCUUUUUGUUUUGUCACCUUUUGGAGGUGAUACUGGUUUCCAAAUUAUUAGUUCUAAGGGGGAAGAGCCCUCCUUACUUCCUGUUUUGUCUCUGCCUUGGUGGUCUACUUCUUCUUCCGUUUCUCAUCAGCAAUCUUUGCAUCCCCCAGCACCUGUUGUCCUUUCUGUUGUUAGCCGAAUAAAGUAUAGCAGUUUUGGAUGGCUUAAUACGAUUCAGAAUUCUACUGCAAAUGUUUCAGGAAAAGUUUUUGUUCCAUCUGGUGCCAUUGCUGCAAUAUUUCAUAAUUCCAUAUCUCACUCACAGCCGCUUGUUAAGUCAAAAGUGAAAUCCUUAGAGCACCUGUUGGUAUAUACACCAUCAGGCCAUAUAGUUCAACAUGAGCUUCUACCAUCGGUUGGUCCAGAACCAAAUGAAAGUGGUUCGAGAACCCAGUCAGCUUCAGCCCUGCAUAUGCAGGAGGAUGAGUUCAGAGUGAAAGUUGAGCCCAUUCAAUGGUGGGACGUAUGUAGAAGGUCAGAAUGGCCAGAAAAAGAGGAUCCCUUCUGCAAUACCUUGGACAGACAAGAUGGUAUUGAUAAAGUUAAAGAGAGAAUGUAUUCUGGUGAUGGAUAUGGAUUUAAUUUUUUGAAUAUAAGUGAUGGUGUAGGGGAAAAGACUGUAAAACCUUCUACAGGGAAGCCUCAAGAGAGAUUUCACCGGUAUAUAUCUAACGCGGAGGUGCAAGUAAAUUUUGGAAGGAUUCCAAUAUGGCAAAAUUCUAAGAUUUGCUUUUACUCAAUGAAUUCUGGGAUAAUUAUUUAUAGUGCUGGUGGUGAGUCUGAAAUUGAAAAGAUCUCCGCCAACGAAGUUGAAAUAAGACGAAAGGAAUUGUUGCCUGUCUUUGACAAUUUUCAUAGCAUCAGACCAAGCUGGAAUGAGAGAGGCCUUCCAGAGGGAAAAUAUUUGGGCCCCGCAUCUCCUGUCCUCCAUGCGACUGAAGACAAGCAAACUGCUGACAUGAUUGUUAUUUGUCACUCAAAACCAGCAUCACUGAGCUCCACCGAAAGCUCUGAUGGAGGUUCAUCAAGAAGGACUGAAAAUUUGCUUGACCUGGAUCAAGUUUCUUCUUGUUUCCAAAUGCUGGGUGAGUUCUAUCUGGAAAGACAGGAAGCAAUCAAUGCUGAGCCAUCUCAGCCUAACAAGACUGUGCUAGAAAAUUUGUCUCCGUCUGGAGACUUGAAGCAUGUGGAUUCUCCAUAUGACCAUUGUCUCAGUGGCAGUCCAUUACUGCAAGGGAGAAAGGUAACCUCCGAAGGAAGGGGUGCUGCAGAAGUUGUUGAGAUUAGUGACGACUCAGCAUUGUUCCUGAAACAUGAUCUAGAUAAGAUCAAUUUUUCGGAAGUGGCCUCUGUAAUGCAAAAUGCAUGUGACGGGCAUUCUUUCCCAGAUGGCAACUGCGAGACUCUUGUGCAGGACGGAAGUAAUGUGUUAGCUGAAGUAGUUACUGAUGAUGUUGACAACAGCAGCAGCAGCCAUGAAAGAGAGCAACCAGAAGAUGGGGAGGAUGAUGAAAUACUUGGUGGCAUUUUUGCCUUUUCGGAGGAAGGUUGAUUACCACAAGAAUCAUUUCAUCAUUUAUCUGUUAUCGCUAAAAGUCUCGGUAAGAAAAUCUAAAAAACAAUGUGCACGUUUGUGAAUAAGAAAUGGCACAUGAGCAACAAUUAUGCUGAUGUGUUGCUCCAAUGUGUGGCCUCUCUUUGUCUCUCCCCCUUUUACAUGCUGAAGAUGGGCAUCUAAAUAUUCUUCAUGGGUUUGCCAACGUUUGGGAAUUGGGAGCUAUCAGUAUAUGUGUGGGUUUGCAGUCAGUCCUAAGCUUAACUUUUAUCAAGCUUGCAUGUUAAUAUGAUUUGGGCAUGAAUUUCGUGUAAUAUAUAUAUAUAUGUAUUUGUUAUGGAAUUUGGCCACGAGAAGAAAUAGAAGUUAUUUUUCCUCAAAAAUAAAAAAUGAAAUGAAAGUCUUAAAAGGUCAUUAUGGGGCUGCUGUGAACCUUCUUUUUUCAGCUCAA